AUGCUGCACCUUCUGAUCUUGCUGGCAACCGGAGUUUUCUUAGGAAUCUAUAUACUUGGAACCCAGGCGAUCUGCAACGUGUGCGCUACCGGGACCAACGUGGCCUGCAUAUCGAAUACUUCCUACCAAUACUGCUCGUCCAGUUUACCUUUUGGCCCAGUUAGCACAUGCCCAACGGGAUAUUAUUGUACGGCCAAUGAUGUCAUUUGUAACACAGAUCCUGCCGAGAGAUCCUGCAUAGGAUGCGGAACUUGCAACGAUAAUAAGACCUUUGCCUGCCUAACUGCCAGGACUUUUGCCUUGUGCCUGGGGACAACGACGCCUUCCCAGAUCGUGGGGAAUUGUGGCUUGAACUAUGUCUGUGAUUUUAACAAUCCAGAUAUCUGUGGCACACCCUUGACGGGAUCGCAGGCCACUUGCCCCUAUGACAAUGUAUUUAAUGGUACUGCAAUAACACCUACUACUAUUUGUUCGACCAUCAAGCAGGAUGGAAGAUUUCCCUAUGGCACUGAUCUUAGUACCUCCUGCAAGCAGUACAUUUACUGUUUCCUGGAUGACUCCAACUGGAGAGGAGGACUCUACACCUGUCCUGGCUCUACCUACUUUGACAGCUCAACGCGGUUCUGCGGCACCGCAGUCCCAGCUGGAUGUACUAGUGGUUGGCAAUUAAUCAAAGUGAUCAAAGAAAGGUUCCCUCCCAACAAACAGGUGAAUCUACCCUUGGAUAAGGGAAACCGAAAGAUAAGUUUGGAUGCAGAAAUUCAGUAA